GCGACGUAAGAGGAAGAAGAAGGAGAAACGAAGAAAGAGGGAACGACGAGGCGGCGGCGGCGGCGGCGGUAGAAAGACGGCGUCUGCUGAGAGCGCCGUGCCGCUCUUCUUCAUCACCCUGCCGCCAUAGCCUAUGGCGGCAGGGCUUAGUCGGGAUCGAGAUCCGUUAUGUCGCAUUCGGCUGCCUUGCAACAGCAACAGCCCGACACGUGUCCUUUUGGUUGAUGCUCUGCCAGUUAUAUCUCGCUCUAUACGUUCCCCUUCGUGCACGAGUCAUCAUCAUUCGGCGUCAGCAACGUCGUCGGCGUCGUCGUUCAGCCCGUUCCCUUCUUCCGGUCGUGGCGGCUGCGAAACUUCUUCGCAGGCGCGCUCCGCGCACCUGUUGUUAGCGCCUCUUCCUUCCGACCCAUCUUCUCCGCUCAUUUACCACGCUCCACGGGUUGCGCUCGACCCCCCUCUUUCUGACGACGAUCCGUCCGCUGUGCUGGUGUCGGCCCAGUCGCCACGUGUCACGGUAGAGGGAACACGUCAGCAUCGCCGGCGCGAUGAGGUGUGCCGCACUGCACCGACGACGGGCGCGGCCCCCGAGGAUCGAAGAGGGGGAACUGCUGUUGCUGGUGGCGUGCGUCAAUUAGCGUUAGGAGUGGCGAGGGGAGAAAGAGCAGCAGGUGAGGGUAGAGGAGGACGCGAGGGAGGGGGUGGAGGAGAGGAGGGUGGUACAGCCGAACGUGGACCGUGGACCAAGGCGAGCGCCAGGGGGCGCACACCCGCGCUUUCGGGCUCUGGCGGGCGCAAUAAGAGCCAGAUAACUCCGGCGGCGUUGGCGGCUGCGCCAGUGUGCCCACCGUCGUCGUCCUCGAGUUUGUCAGGCCCGGCUGGCCCUCAUUCUGAGCAGGACUCGAUCCCACACCAGCGGAACGUGUCCCCCUUCCGUCGCAUCUUUGCUGCCAACGGCGCAGGCCGUGUGUCGCCCUUCCGCCCGCGGCGAGCGUCAACGUCGCACACGAACGAGGACUCGUCGCAACGGGUGACAGGGGCCGGCGGCGACUCCUUGGCGGCGGGUAUCGCCCAUUCCGGUCCGGUGGCGGGGAGUGGGGAACUCUCCGCUCCUUCCUACUCUCCAACCGUGUCAUCUGGGCCUUCCCCCUCGAUCUCCCUUGUUGCGAGGGUGGGGGGAAGGAACUACGUUCGGGGUGCUGGAGGCAACAGCGGUCGAGAGCGCGGAGGGGAUGGAGUGAAUGCCAUUGUUGCCCUGGAACCGGCAAUGGUUGUGGUCACGGGAAUGGACGACUUGGACAGCGACGAAGAGGACGAGGAGCUGGAGGGAAGGGGAGGCAGGCGGGGUGUGGCGGUAGUGAGCGGGCAUCGCCAAGAGGAGCGCGAGCGACAUCGGCAGGGAGAACAUCCCCAGCAGCAAGAAGGGGAUUCGCUGCUUCAGCAAUCAGAAAGAACGGUAGACCGUGUGCUUGACAGGGUGGCGGGGCUUCAGCAAUCAGAAGGAGCGGCAGAGCGUGUGAUUGACAGGGUGGCGGUUCGAGUCUCGCAAUCUCAGCAGCACACGCCGCUCAGCGCUAACAAUCAUUCUCAUCAUCGUGCGAAUGUAAGUACCCACAACAGCAAUGGCCAAAGCGUUCAGAGUCGUGGAAGUGAUGCGAAUAACGAGAAUUUCCAGCAACAUCAUUAUCAGAGUGCGUCCAAUCAUCUUCAACAUCAUCAUCCUGCUCAGGGUUCGUCGCUGCCGACUGCCUCGCGGAAGAUAGGAGAUUUGGCUUGGGAGGAAGACAUACGGAGCAGCAAGGAGUGGUUGAAUCCGGGGGUCUACGUAGUGGGUGAGCUGGUGAUCGUGCGGCGGAGCACGGACGAGUGGCGCUACGCGGAGGUGAUCAGUGUCGCGCAGGACGGGGUGCAGCUUCGUGUGGGACCUGGUUUGACGAAAGACGUGGCCACUCGGCUGAUCAGCACUCAUGUGAAGAAGCUAGCAGCUCGAGGGGUUGUGUCCGUGGGUCGGGCGCUGUUCGCCCCAGAAUGCGGGCAUUUAUAUCACUUCGACUGCAUCAGGGAGAAUGUGAGGCAUGGGAACCUGAGCUGCCCGUUAUGCCGCCACGUGUUGCAAGAGAAACCCACAGUUAUCACGAGCGUCCCCAUCUCGGGCCGGUCUCCCUCGCGCAUCCGCGCUUCUCCUCCCGGGGAUAUCGCGACGCCAUCGAGCCAUCAUCACGGUCUUCCCGCGGGGCCAGCAGCCGGGCAUAACCAUAUCAGCGCGGGCCACGUGGCCAUUCGCGAACGAGAGGGAGUGGGUCCUGGAAGCAGCAGCAGCGCCGGAGGUGCUAACGCCGGAGCAAGUCAUCAUAGUCCACCGCUCCAUCAUCACCCACGCCAGGAAAAUCGGGCGCAGCAGCUAGAUAGAGGGAAUGACGCCGUGGAGUCAAAUGGGAGGGAGGGAGGGGUAGGGGGAGGAGGAAGAGCUGGGAGCAGCGCAUCAGCUGCGUCGGGGGCCUCGGGAAGCUCGAGAACUUCGUGGGAACCGCCGAGGAGAUCGGAGCAGCACUCGGGCGAGCUAAUUUCCGCGUCGCUGGAAAGGGUUACUGAGGCGGAGGAGAGGUUGGCCAUAGCCAGGGCCUAUGGAGAUGAUAUUCAGCUCUCAGGACACGUGCGAGCAGGCGUCGCUGAAUGCAGACGACACCAUCCGUCGAGGUCCCGCUUUCCUCCCAGCAGUCGAAUAGGAUCCUCAUCAGUCGGGACAUCCGAGUCUGCAGAACCUGCCUCUCAGAGCCUGCGACACGAUUUCAGCCCAGCGGUUAGAGUACGGCUCGCAUCAGCAUUGGGAGAUGGAUCAGAUCGAGGUCAUGAAAAUAGUGAGGCUGUUGGAAGUUCUGGAGGUGGCUUUGGGUUGUCGGGUUUCCAGUCCGAAGGGUUGGUGGGACAUCUGCAGUCGAGGUAUCACACCGCGUCCCCUCUACGACAUCCCGCAUCUGGUGCAGUCAGUGGACUGUUAUCCCCUCAGCAGGAAGUCCAGACAGUUGAAGCCGCCGUCGAUUACAAUUUACGUCUGAUUACUUGCCCGAACCGACGGCUGGGGUGGCAUGAAUGUGGGAGAUGUGAUGGGAAUAACAUGGCAGUGGUUGACACAUUGGGGUACUUACUUCCUACAAGACGCGAGGGCGAAAAUGGUCUUGAUUAUCAGCUGAACAGUAUGAUGGAGCAAGGGGAUGCACUUGUGCAUGUGGCGGUGCUUUUCACUCCGUCGGCAAUGAAAUUGCAGUUUAACCACAAUCUCGAUGAGAGCAGCAGGCAAGCAGAGGUACUUCGGCUGACUGCAAUACGGGUUAAUGAUUGGUUCGACAGCCACCACCACUUGCCGUUUGUCCAACAGCUGCUUUCAGAGCGAAGAAUUUGACCCUUGGAUUCAGUCAAAGGACUCCCAAGGAAGGGCUGAACCAAGACUGUUUUCUGUUCGUGCUUGGGACACUAGCAAGGAACAGCAAACAGUCCCUGUCUCAGUCCCUGUAAGUCCCAGUUCCUUCUAGUCCUUCCACUUCUGUGGCCAUCACCUCUUGCAGUUAUGCAGAGCAAGGAAAGGUAAUACUCCAUUGCGCGACCUUGAUGUGGUCCUGCAAUCGCAGGACCACUCGAUGCAUUUGUUUGUCAAGUGGUAGGUCAUUGUGAGUGGAAGGGUUUGUGUCGAACAUCCAUCUCUAGUUCUGGUUGCUUUACCAAGCUUUAGGUAGAAUUAGUUCUAAUUAUGUGUUUCUUCAACAGUAUAAUAGAGAGGUGCUGUGCGCAUCCGUGCCCAUUUGUGAGACGUAUUCUGUCUUUUUUCACAAUUGUGGCGAAGGUUUGCCUUUUCUCGCUCCUCUGUUUGGGUUUGUUUUCCGUUUGCCUUUUUUCUUGUUCUUCUUCUUUUUUUUUUUUUUUGCGUGUGUGUGCAUCUGUUAUUGCUUCCGCUGCGAACUCAGAGGAUUUAUUUCUGUACUCUCUGUAAAGGCAGGUGACCUGCUUGACACUGCUAACCAUAAAUUUGGGCAUGUAAUUCUGCAUGUAAUUCUUGCAGAUUGGAACCACUAAAACCAGGGGAGUGCUGCCAGUCCGAUUGAUGCCGCUGGCCUUUGAAAUCCCCUGGACUCUCUGCCUACAGUUUUCCGGGCAGCUCUGUUUGACGAUAUAUAAUAUAUUCUAUUAUGGGUCGUAGUUUGGCCACAUUCUGGUCCCUUGAGUGUUCUAACUCGGGCCCCGUAAGUGAGUUAUGUGACAGUUUCACACAUGGGGGGUUGGGGGGGGAGCGGGGGAGGGGGGGGGACGGAGGGGUGGAGAAGGGCCCCUGGAUUCCUACUGGCCUUUUUGGUGCAUGACACUGCUCCUUGAGAUGACAGAUUUCCAAUUCUAAGUCAAGUGAUCAGGGUGCGAAAGGUUUCUUCUCAAUCGAAAUGGAAAAACCAAGUGCUAGGCUUCAAUGGCCGCUUGUGGGGAGGAGACACAGCAUAGGCAGGUGAGGGUAAGGAGGGGGGAGGGGGGGGGGGGNGGGAAGGACAGGGGGCCGGGGGCCGGCGGAGGAGCUGGAGGAUUUUCGUCGAGCUUCAGACUCUUCAAAGAAUGUUCCUGAGUUUGACUGCUCGUUCAGCGCCUGGAGAAACAAUUUGCAGCAAAAAGGUCAGGGUGUCCUACCUGUUGGUUUAAGCAUUUUGUGAGCUGAGUUUUUGAGGGUGUAGAAUCUGUAGAUGCUGUCGCUUCUGGUGACCUGAUUGAUGAAAAGAGAAUUGAUAUUCUGCUGGCGGCUUGUUCUUUUGGUAUUGUGUGAUUUGUGCGGUGGCUUGUCGUUCCUGUAUGUGCUCCACAGUAAAGCUAAACAACAAAUUGCCUUUUAAAUU